AUGGAGUGCACCUCUAAUAAGCAUUAUUCUGUUCUUUUGAUUUUACUCAUAUUCCUUAGUCCUCUAGUAUGCUGUCAACUUAGUUAUGAUUUCUAUGAAGUAACUUGUCCACUCCUCACUCCUAUUGUUCAAACCUCUCUCAAGUUUGCUAUGGCCAAUGAACCAAGGAUUGCAGCUUCUCUCCUGCGCCUUCAUUUCCAUGAUUGUUUCGUCAAUGGAUGUGAUGGAUCUGUGCUACUUGAUGAUACCAGCACCUUUAAGGGGGAGAAAAAUGCAAAGCCUAAUCGAAAUUCAAUAAGAGGAUUUGAGUUCAUUGACAUAAUUAAGUCUAAAUUAGAGUUUGUCUGUCCAUCCACCGUGUCAUGUGCUGAUUUACUAGCUAUAACAGCAAGAGAAGCUGUUAAUCUUAGUUUAUUACCAUUCCCAUAUUGGAGGCCUACACUCCUUGGUCGUAGAGAUGGCACAACAGCAAGCGAAAGUGAGGCUAAUAAGCUUCCUUCACCCUUUGACACCCUUCAAAACAUUACCUCCAAGUUCAUUUCCAAGGGUCUUGAAGUUAAGGAUGUGGUAGUGCUCUCAGGAGCCCACACUAUUGGGUUUGCCCAAUGCUUUACAUUCAAGCAAAGGCUCUUCAACUUUAAUAGCACUGGUAAACCCGAUCCAUCACUUGAUUCUUCACUUCUACAAUAUUUACAGAAACUAUGCCCAGAUAAUUAUCAUGAUACCAAUCUGGCUCCUUUGGAUUCCUUCACUUCCUACAUAUUUGAUAACAUGUAUUACAGAAACCUUGUGAAGAAUUCAGGGCUACUGCAGACAGAUCAGGCUCUUAUGCAUGAUGCCAUGACUGCUUCAUUGGUCAUUAAUUAUAGUGAAUACCCUGGUCAGUUUUACCAGGACUUUGCAGCAUCUCUUGAGAAGAUGAGCCUUAUAGGUGUACUUACAGGACAACAAGGGGAGAUAAGGAAAAACUGUAGGGUGGUGAACUAG